AUGGCUGCGGCGGUAGUGGUCGAAAAGAUAGAGAAGUUUAAUUCUAAAAGAGAGAGCCGACACACAUCAAAAACUCACAAACAAAGAAGAGUCAGCCUCCUCCUUCAUAAAUUCAACUCCACCGUUUCACCGCCGGCUCGUAGCCGCUCCACCAUUACUAAUCCAGAACGACAAGAGAAGAAAAGCUAUACAACAAGCUAA